AUGACGAAGUAUGCGAAGGAUCAGCCCAAGGGGUUUUUGAAUCGAAUCCAAAAAGUGGCCAUUGUCGGGGCAGGGGGCAAAGUAGGGAAGCACCUCACUGAGCCUCUUCUCAAAACUGGAAAACAUAUAGUGACGGCUAUCACGCGCCCAGACAGCACUAGCAAACUCCCAGAUGGUAUCAAUGUUAUCCAUGUCGAUUAUAGCGGCGAGGAUGACACUGCACUGGUUGAAGCCGUACGGGGACAGCAGGCCUUGCUCAUCACAAUGUCAGUGACUGCUCCGAGAGGUACUGUCAACAAGCUCGUACGUGCGGCAGGCAAGGCCGGUGUGCCAUAUGUUCUGCCCAACUGGUUCGGCCAUGACGACGCCAAUGACUCUCUAUGUGAUGAUAGCAUGCUCAGUUCCAGUCGUGACAGCAUUCUGGCUGAGUUUGAACCCUUUGACGCUACUUCUUAUAUCUUUUUGGUCUGUAACUUCUGGUACGAAUUCAGCCUAGCGGGGGGACCCGAUCGGUAUGGUUUCGAUUUCAAAAAGCGCUCGUUCAUACAAUUUGAUGACGGAAAUGUGGCCAUCAACACAAGUACCUGGCCUCAGUGUGGCAGAGCCAUUGCUAGCCUUCUGAGUCUCAAAGAACUUCCUGAAGAUGAUAUGGACAAGUCGCCCACGGUAUCGCAAUUUGCGAAUAGCUCCAUUUACAUCUCAAGUUUCCGACUGAGCCAGCGUGAUAUGUUUGAAAGUGUCAAGCGUGUUACGGGUACUUCCAAUGCAGACUGGACCAUCAGUCGUGAGUCUGCAGAGCAGCGCUGGAAGGAUGGUCACGACGCUGUGAAGCAGGGUAAUUUUGGAGCAUUUCCGAAGAUGGCCUACAGUCGCAUGUUCUUUCCUACCCGAGAUGGCGACUACCAAUCCCGCCGUGAGCUUCACAAUUGCUUGCUUAACCUACCAGUCGAGGACUUGGAUGAGUCCACCGCUAUCGCUAUUCGUAUGGGGGAAAACGACGAAGUUGUGCAGUCACACUAG